GCCGCUCGGGCACGCCCGCUCGGGCGCCGCAUCACCCCGGGCUCGCGGCCGGGGCGCUCCCCGUGAGCUGGGCCGAGGGCGGGGCCGCGCGAGGACCCCGGGACCUGCCCCCCUCCCCCCCGCCGCCGCGUCGCCGCUCGCUCCGGGAGCCUCCUGCUCUGCACUUACGCGCGCGGCAGCUGCGGGGAGCCCGGCAGCCACGCUCCCCGGCGCGCCGCCCGCCCGCCGAGCCACCACGGCCGAAGGCCGGCUGCGGGGCGCCCCGGGAGCAGGCGGCGAUGCAGGCGCCGACCCGGGCUGGGGGGCGCCCGAGCUGCCGCGGCUGCGCCCCGGCUCCGGGCGGGACCGCGUAGCUGGCGGGAGGACCAUGGCGUCCCCGGCGCUGGCGGCGGCGCUGGCGGCGGCGGCGGCGGUGGCGGGCCCCAACGCGAGCGGCGCCGGCGAGGGGGGCAGCGGCGGGGCCGCCAACGCCUCGGGCGCCGCGCCGGGGGCCGCCUGGGGGCCGCCCCCGGGCCAGUACUCGCCGGGCGCCGUGGCGGGGCUGGCGGCCGUGGUGGGCUUCCUCAUCGUCUUCACCGUGGUGGGCAACGUGCUGGUGGUGAUCGCCGUGCUGACCAGCCGCGCGCUGCGUGCCCCGCAGAACCUCUUCCUGGUGUCCCUGGCCUCGGCUGACAUCCUGGUGGCCACGCUGGUCAUGCCCUUCUCGCUGGCCAACGAGCUCAUGGCCUACUGGUACUUCGGGCAGGUGUGGUGCGGCGUGUACCUGGCGCUCGACGUGCUCUUCUGCACCUCGUCCAUCGUGCACCUGUGCGCCAUCAGCCUGGACCGCUACUGGUCGGUGACGCAGGCCGUCGAGUACAACCUGAAGCGCACGCCGCGCCGCGUCAAGGCGACCAUCGUGGCCGUGUGGCUCAUCUCGGCCGUCAUCUCCUUCCCGCCGCUCGUCUCGCUCUACCGCCAGCCCGACAGUGCCGCCUACCCGCAGUGCGGCCUCAACGACGAGACGUGGUACAUCCUGUCCUCCUGCAUCGGCUCCUUCUUCGCGCCCUGCCUCAUCAUGGGCCUGGUCUACGCGCGCAUCUACCGCGUGGCCAAGCUGCGCACCCGCACGCUCAGCGAGAAGCGCGCGCCCGCGGGCCCCGACGGCGCGUCCCCGACCACGGAGAACGGGCUGGGCGCGGCGGCCGGCCUGGGCGAGAACGGGCACUGCGCGCCCCCGCGCCGCCCGCGCGCCGACGUGGACCCGGAGGACAGCAGCGCGGCGGCCGAGCGGCGGCGGCGGCGGGGCGCGCUGCGGCGGGGCGGGCGGCGGCGCGCGGGGGGCGCGGGCGCAGGCGCGGACGGGGCCGGGCCGGGGCGGGGGCCGGGGCCGGGGCCCCCCGACGCGGGCGCCCUGGCCGCCGCCAAGUCCCCGGGCCCCGGCGGGCGUCUGUCCCGCGCCAGCUCGCGCUCCGUCGAGUUCUUCCUGUCGCGCCGGCGCCGGGCGCGCAGCAGCGUGUGCCGCCGCAAGGUGGCCCAGGCGCGCGAGAAGCGCUUCACCUUCGUGCUGGCCGUGGUCAUGGGCGUGUUCGUGCUCUGCUGGUUCCCCUUCUUCUUCAGCUACAGCCUGUACGGAAUCUGCCGCGAGGCCUGCCAGGUGCCCGACCCGCUCUUCAAGUUUUUCUUCUGGAUCGGCUACUGCAACAGCUCGCUCAACCCGGUCAUCUACACCGUCUUUAACCAGGACUUCCGGCGAUCCUUUAAGCACAUCCUCUUCCGACGGAGGAGAAGGGGCUUCAGGCAGUGAGCGGCGCGCCCGGCCCCGCGGAGACCGCGGAUGGCUGGGGCCUGGGGAGGCUCGACAACCCCCCACCCCCAGGGGAAAACGGGGGCGGGGCAGCUGCCCCAGAGACCCGGGAUCCAUCUGCCUCCAGGGCGCAGGGGAGCGCACGGGCAGGGCAGGAGGGUGGGCUGAGAAGGAGCAGGCCCCCCCCCCCCGGGGGAGCGGGGAGGAGAGAGGGGCGACCCCUCUGCCUUCCCGUCUCAGCCAAGGGCUGCUUCUGGGCUUCAGCUCGGAUAGGCUCUGGGGGAGCCUGCAGAGCUGCGGCUGGGGGGUCAGGGUCUUAGCAGAAGUGAGUGCAAUCUCCCAAACUGGGAAGGAAGGAGCCCCCCCCCCCAACACACACCACCACCACCCUACCCGCCUCUGAGCAAGGGCUGACUUCCCCAGGACCUGGUGGGGGCGGCUGUCUUGGAAGAGGAGAGACGCAGUGACAAUCUUUGGUUACUGAAAGUAUUUACACGUUUGCCAAAAAUGACAGCCAAAACAACCAAACUAUUUUCUAAAUAAACCUUUGUAAUCUAA